AUGCCAUUUGGGACAGAGUUUAUGUGCAAUGGUCUGGUCAGGCCCCAGGCUCGGUCUGGUCAGGCCCCAGGCUCGGUCUGGUCAGGCCCCAGGCUCGGUCUGGUCAGGCCCCAGGCUCGGUCUGGUCAGGCCCCAGGCUCGGUCUGGUCAGGCCCCAGGCUCGGUCUGGUCAGGCCCCAGGCUCGGUCUGGUCAGGCCCCAGGCUCUUGUCUGGUCAGGCCCCAGGCUCGGUCUGGUCAGGCCCCAGGCUCAGUAGCUCUCUGUCAGCACAACAAUGUUAUUCUUCUAACAGGAAAAAAAGAAACACCCAAAUUAGCAUUGUGUCCACUGUCCAGUGUUAUCAGAGUUCAGAUGUGAGCUGAAGUGACAGCUUACUGUGAACUUGUUUUUAUGCACUCCUGUGUAAUGCAACUCUGUGUAACUCAGUGUAAUGGAACUCUGUGUAACUCAGUGUAAUCUAACUCUGUGUAACUCAGUGUAAUGGAACUCUGUGUAACUCAGUGUAAUCUAACUCUGUGUAACUCAGUGUAAUGGAACUCUGUGUAACUCAGUGUAAUGGAACUCUGUGUAACUCAGUGUAAUCUAACUCUGUGUAACUCAGUGUAAUGGAACUCUGUGUAACUCAGUGUAAUCUAACUCUGUGUAACUCGGUGUAAUGGAACUCUGUGUAACUCAGUGUAAUCUAACUCUGUGUAACUCAGUGUAAUGGGAACUCUGUGUAACUCAGUGUAAUGGAACUCGUGUAACUCAGUGUAAUCUAACUCUGUGUAACUCAGUGUAAUGGAACUCUGUGUAACUCAGUGUAAUGGAACUCUGUGUAACUCAGUGUAAUCUAACUCUGUGUAACUCAGUGAAUGGAACUCUGUGUAACUCAGUGUAAUGGAACUCUGUGUAACUCUCACACACACACUCACACACACACACAUACUCACACACACACACACACUCACUCACUCACACACACACUCACACACACAAGACAUGCUAACCUCUCACCAUUACAAUAACAAGGGAAGUUAGCAUUUUUGGGGGGGGUAUGAUAUUUGUGCGUCUGGAACCUUCUCACUCAUCAUUAUUCAAGUUUAAUUCAGGAUUAUCCGUAAUCAUGGUAGCAUCCACAUUAAUUAGAAACAUAUUAUAUUCUUAUUUCCAAUAAAAGUGACUCCAAAAUAACACAAUACAUUAUUUACCAUUAAUUUCUAUUGGGCACAAAAUUAUCUGAAACACAACCAAAACAAACAGCAAAUGCAUCCAACUAGUUUGUAGAGUCACAAGCUUGAUGUAAUCAUUGCGUGCCCGGAAUAUGGGACCAAAUACAAAACCUUUGACUACUUAAAUACACAUAAGUGAAUUUGUCCCAAAACUUUUGGUCCCCUAAAGUGGGGGGACUAUGUACAAACGGUUCUAAACGGUUCACCCGAUAUGGAUGAAAAUACUCUCAAAUUAUAGCUGACAGUCUGCACUUUAACCUCAUAUUCAUUGGAUCAUUUCAAAUCCAAAGUGCUGGAGUACAGAGCCAAAACAACAAACAAUGUGUCGCUGUCCCAAUACUUUUGAAGCUCACUGUAUAUAUAAAAUAGAUAAAGAUACCCAAGUCUUGAUGCCAAUGAUCUGUCUGUGUGAUCUGUUUUGUGUGCGUGUGUAUGUACGUCCGUCUGUCUAUUUGUGUGUCCGUCCGUCCGUCCCUGUGUGUCCAUGUCUGUGUCCCGUCCUUGUCCGUCCCUGUGUGUCCAUGUCUGUGUCCCGUCCUUGUCCGUCCCUGUGUGUCCGUCCGUCCGUCCCUGUGUGUCCAUGUCUGUGUCCCGUCCUUGUCCGUCCCUGUGUGUCCAUGUCUGUGUCCCGUCCUUGUCCGUCCCUGUGUCCGUCCGUCCGUCCUGUGUGUCCAUGUCUGUGUCCCGUCCUUGUCCGUCCCUGUGUGUCCAUGUCUGUGUCCCGUCCUUGUCCGUCCCCCAGAGAACCACCGUCUGACCCAGGACCUGCUGAAGGUAGAGCAGCUGGAGAGUAAGAUCAACACAGAGCUGACCAGCCUGAAGGACAAGAUAGACAGCAUGACCCAGGAGCUGGAGACGUACGGCAACCUGGAGGCGCUCAAGGCUGCCGGAGAGGACAAGAAGAAGGUACUGCUACGGAGUGUGUGUGUGUGUAAGUGAAUGUGUGUGUGUGUGUGUGUAAGUGAAUGUGUGUGUGUGUGUGUGUAUGAGUGUGUGUGUGUGUGUGUGAGUGUUUGAGUGAAUGUGUGUGAGUGUGUGUGUGUGUGUGUGUGUGUGAGUGAAUGUGUGGUGUGUGUGUGUGUGUGUGUGUGUGAGUGUGUGAGAGUGUUUGAGUGAAUUGUGUGUGUGUGUGUGUGUGUGUGUGUGUGUGUGUGUGUGUGUGUGAGUGUGUGUGUGUGAGUGUGUGUGUGGUGUGUGUGUGUGUGUGUGUGUGAGUGUGUGAGAGUGUUUGAGUGAGUGUGUGUGUGUGUGAGUGUGUGUGAGUCAGGCAUAGCCCCUGUAAGAUCAUGUAGCUAAUGUAAACAGUGCCAGUGUUAUCAUUGAGGGAGUUUACCUAUGGGAACAACUUCAUACAGCUGAAAGGAAAUGUAAAAGCAUCCUUUACAUGCCUUACAAAGAGACUCUACAUUAAACAGGAAACACAUUCUCAGAGAGAUUUGAUACCAGGAAGUCAUGUUUCUUCCACUAUCUCAGUCUGAGAAAGUUUAGUUUCAACCAAUGAAGAAAGGGGUGUAACCAAUGGUUGGUUGGCCCACUUCAUCUGCUUCAACAUCCUUAAGAUAUUUUUACAGUGAAUCCUUGUUUUACAUUUUAGUCAUUUAGCAGACGCUCUUAUCCAGAGCGACUUACAGGAGCAAUUAGGGUUAAGUGCCUUGCUCAAGGGCACAUCGACAGAUUUUUCACCUAGUCGGCUCGGGGAUUAGAACCAGCGACCUUUCUGUUACUGGCACAACGCUCUUAACCACUAAGCUACCUGCCGACCCUGGAGAGCUGUAUAUCUGAAACAUACGGCUAUUCAGUAUCUGAGCUGUAUAUCUGAAACAUACGGCUAUUCAGUAUCUGAGCUGUAUAUCUGAAACAUACGGCUAUUCAGGUAUCUGAGCUGUAUAUCUGAAACAUACGGCUAUUCAGUAUCUGAGCUGUAUAUCUGAAACAUACGGCUAUUCAGGAUCUGAGCUGUAUAUCUGAAACAUACGGCUAUUCAGUAUCUGAGCUGUAUAUCUGAACAUACGCUAUUCAGUAUCUGAGCUGUAUAUCUGAAACAUACGGCUAUUCAGUAUCUGAGCUGUAUAUCUGAACAUACGGUAUCGGGCUGUAUAUCGAACAUACGCUAUCAGUAUCUGAGCUGUAUAUCUGAAACAUACGGCUAUUCAGAUCUGAGCUGUAUAUCUGAAAAUACGCAUCGUAUCUAGCGUAUACUGAACAUACGGCAUUCAGUAUCUGAGCUGUAUAUCUGAAACAUACGGCUAUUCAGUAUCUGAGCUGUAUAUCUGAAACAUACGGCUAUUCAGUAUCUGAGCUGUAUAUCUGAAACAUACGGCUAUUCAGUAUCUGAGCUGUAUAUCUGAAACAUACGGCUAUUCAGUAUCUGAGCUGUAUAUCUGAAACAUACGGCUAUUCAGUAUCUGAGCUGUAUAUCUGAACAUACGGCUAUUCAGUAUCUGAGCUGUAUAUCUGAAACAUACGGCUAUUCAGAUCUGAGCUGUAUAUCUGAAACAUACGGCUAUUCAGUAUCUGAGCUGUAUAUCUGAAACAUACGGCUAUUCAGUAUCUGAGCUGUAUAUCGAACAUACGGCUAUUCAGUAUCUGAGCUGUAUAUCUGAAACUACGGCUAUUCAGUAUCUGAGCUGUAUCUGAAACAUACGGCUAUUCAGUAUCUGAGCUGUAUAUCUGAAACAUACGGCUAUUCAGUAUCUGAGCUGUAUAUCUGAAACAUACGGCUAUUCAGAUCUGAGCUGUAUAUCUGAAACAUACGGCUAUUCAGUAUCUGAGCUGUAUAUCUGAAACAUACGGCUAUUCAGUAUCUGAGCUGUAUAUCUGAAACAUACGGCUAUUCAGUAUCUGAGCUGUAUAUGAACAUACGGCUAUUCAGUAUCGAGCUUAAUCUGAACAUACGGCUAUUCAGUAUCUGAGCUGUAUAUCUGAAAUACGGCUAUUCAGAUCUGAGCUGUAUAUCUGAAACAUAGGCUAUCAGGAUCUGAGCUGAUAUCUGAAACAACGGCUAUUCAGUAUCUGAGCUGUAUAUCGAACAUACGGCUAUUCAGUAAUCUGACUGUAUAUUGAAACAUACGGCUAUUCGUAUCUGAGCUGUAUACUGACUGGCUAUUCAGUAUCUGAGCUGUAUCAACAUACGGCUAUUCAGUACUGAGCUGUAUAUCUGAACAUACGGCUAUUCAGUAUCUGAGCUGAUAUCUGAAACAUACGGCUAUUCAGUAUCUGAGCUGUAUAUCUGAAACAUACGGCUAUUCAGUAUCUGAGCUGUAUAUCUGAAACAUACGGCUAUUCAGUAUCUGAGCUGUAUAUCUGAAACAUACGGCUAUUCAGUUGGAAUCUGAUCGGUAUAGUAUACUGUAUCAACAUACGGCUAUUCAGUAUCUGAGCUGUAUACUGAACAUACGGCUAUUCAGUAUCUGAGCUGUAUACAUACGGCUAUUCAGUAUCUGAGCUGUAUAUCUGAAACAUACGGCUAUUCAGUAUCUGAGCUGUAUAUCUGAAACAUACGGCUAUUCAGGAUCUGAGCUGUAUAUCUGAAACAUACGGCUAUUCAGUAUCUGAGCUGUAUAUCUGAAACAUACGGCUAUUCAGUAUCUGAGCUGUAUAUCUGAAACAUACGGCUAUUCAGUAUCUGAGCUGAGGAUAUGCUGUGGUAGCUCUACUAACACUGGAACAAGUGUUAAAUGAAUGGAUGGAUGGAUGGAUGGAUGGAUGGAUGGAUGGAUGGAUGGAUGGAUGGAUGGAUAAAUGGAUGGAUGAAUGAAUGAAUGAAUGAAUGAAUGAAUGAAUGAAUGAAUGAAUGGAUGGAUGGAUGGAUGGAUGGAUGGAUGGAUGGAUGGAUGGAUGGAUGGAUGGAUGGAUGGAUGAAUGGAUGGAUGAAUGGAUGGAUGAAUGAUUGAAUGGUAGGUCAUCUAGGUUGUUGUCUAUUGUCCUAUAGAAGCUGCAGGAGGACAGAGUAUCCCUGGCCCAGAGGAGAGACGGCUUUCAGAAGGUCAUGCAGAAGAUGAAUGAGGUGUAUGAAGCUCUGAAGACGCAGCUACAGGAGAAUGAGACACAUGCUCAGGUACAGAGGGGAUACUGACAACUGACUAGUAUUACGGUUAGCCUGGUCCCUGGUCUGUUUAGGCUAUUAGCCAAUGACCAUAGUAGUUUCCAGGCUAACUUGAUGUGGCCUGUCUAUUGCUUUUUAAAUGACACCUCAUAAUGUCAUAGUACAUUUGGAGGUUGAAGAUUCUUUGAGCGUUUCUUGCCUGUUUUGACUCUCAACCAACCGCUGUUUUCUGUUGGUUUUCAGCUGACCAAUCUGGAGAGGAAGUGGCAACACCAUGAGCAGAACAACUUUGUCAUGAAAGAGUGUAUCCUUUUUUGCUUUUGACCAGAGUGGUUUUGAUUUGACACUAUCAAGUAAUCAGUCAUUUGGUCUUUGUCAUUCACACCUCCUGUAUCUAUACAUGACAGGACUGACAGAUAGAGUGGUAGAUGUAAUAUCUCCACUGGGGGACAUGAAUGGUAGAUGUAAUAUCUCCACUGGGGGAUAUGAAUGGUAGAUGUAAUAUCUCAACUGGGGGACAUGUUGGACAAACCAACGUUUCUUGACUCCUACACCUCCAGUCAUCGCCUCUAAGGGUAUGGAGAGUGACUACCGUCCGCUGGUGAAGACUGUCUCCAGGCAGCUGGCAGAGUACAACAAGAUCCUCAUAGACACCCUGCAGGGAACCAGGAACUAG